UGCAACAUCGAAACCGAACUUAUCGAUAUAUCGAUAUGGGCACUAAUUCGAUGGUCAGUAGCUGCGAUCUAAGCAGAAAGACAACAACGACCACGACAAUGGGCAAUAAACAAAUAAAACAACAUCUGGAGACAGCGCAAAAGACGGGUGUGCUGAAAAUAUCAUUGCAGCGAUUGCAGGAGUUCCCUCCACAACUAAAGACGUAUCCAAAUGUGCUGAAAACACUGGAUUUGUCGGAGAAUCGCUUCGAGAAUGUGCCCGACGAACUCGGCCGUCUGACGACACUGAAGCACCUUAAUCUCAGUGGCAAUCGCCUGGUGGACUUGAACGAGGUUGUGGGUGAACUGCUGAAGCUGGAGGUGCUGCUGCUAAUGGACAAUUUUCUGACCAGACUACCGAAGAGCCUGAACAACUGCACCCAUCUGAAGACGGUGAACCUGAGCAACAAUCAGUUGAAGGUGUUCCCAACGAUGCUGUGCGGCCUGAAGCAAUUGGAUGUGCUGGAUUUGUCGCGAAACCAAAUAACCGAAGUGCCCGCAGAAGUGGGCACUCUGUAUGUGACGGAGCUGAACCUCAAUCAGAAUCAAAUAUCAUCGCUAGCCGAGGAUAUUGCGGCGUGUCCCAAGCUAAAAACGCUGCGACUCGAGGAGAAUUGUUUGCAGGCAAAUGCGUUGACGCCGCGCAUAUUAAAGGAAUCGAAGAUCUGCAAUCUGGCUGUCGAUGGCAAUCUGUUCAAUUCAAAGCAGUUCACUGACCUCGAUGGCUACGAUGUCUACAUGGAACGCUAUACGGCAGUCAAGAAGAAGAUGUUCUAGUUGCAAACAGA